AUGCACAAGACAUUUUUCAGUCAUACUCUUGCUGGCUCCCAACUGAAAGUGACCAACAGUUCAGGCUACUUUGCUUACGAAGUAGUAGGCAGUGGUGUGAUCCGAGGCACCGACAACAGACUGGCCCACCGGCGGCAGACAAUUCUCCGUGAGAAGGGGAGAAGGUUAGCUAACCGAGGACCAGCAUACAUGUUUAGUGAUCGCUCAACAAGCCUAUCUGCGGAGGAGGAACGCUUUUUAGAUGCAGCUGAGUAUGGCAACAUCCCAGUGGUGAGAAAGAUGUUGGAAGAAUGCCUCACACUCAACGUGAACUGCGUGGAUUACAUGGGCCAGAACGCCCUGCAGUUGGCAGUGGCCAACGAGCACCUGGAAAUUACAGAACUUCUCCUCAAGAAAGAAAACCUGUCUCGUGUCGGGGACGCCUUGCUUCUAGCUAUCAGCAAAGGUUAUGUUCGGAUCGUGGAAGCCAUUCUCAGCCAUCCAGCUUUUGCUGAAGGAAAGAGGUUAGCAACCAGCCCCAGCCAGUCUGAGCUCCAGCAAGAUGACUUUUAUGCCUACGAUGAGGAUGGGACCCGCUUCUCCCAUGACGUGACUCCAGUCAUUCUGGCCGCCCACUGCCAGGAAUAUGAAAUCGUGCACACCCUCCUGCGGAAGGGUGCUCGGAUCGAACGGCCUCACGAUUAUUUCUGCAAGUGCAGCGAAUGCAACCAGAAACAGAAACAUGACUCCUUUAGCCACUCCAGAUCUAGGAUUAACGCCUACAAAGGCCUGGCAAGCCCAGCUUACCUGUCUUUGUCUAGCGAAGAUCCGGUCAUGACAGCUUUAGAGCUUAGCAAUGAGCUGGCAGUGCUGGCCAACAUCGAGAAAGAGUUCAAGAAUGACUACAAAAAACUGUCGAUGCAGUGCAAAGAUUUUGUUGUUGGACUCCUUGAUCUGUGCAGAAACACCGAAGAAGUAGAGGCCAUUCUGAACGGGGAUGUUGAAAUACACCACAGUGGCAGAGACCACAGUCGCCCAAAUCUCAGCCGUUUAAAACUUGCCAUUAAAUAUGAAGUAAAAAAAUUUGUAGCCCAUCCCAAUUGUCAGCAGCAGCUCCUCUCCAUCUGGUAUGAGAACCUGUCCGGCUUGAGGCAGCAGACGAUGGCGGUCAAGUUCCUCGUGGUCCUCGCUGUUGCCGUGGGACUGCCCUUCCUGGCUCUCAUUUACUGGUUUGCUCCGUGCAGCAAGAUGGGGAAGAUUAUGCGUGGACCAUUCAUGAAGUUCGUAGCACACGCAGCCUCCUUCACCAUUUUUCUGGGUCUGCUAGUCAUGAAUGCAGCUGACAGAUUUGAAGGCACCAAACUCCUUCCGAAUGAAACCAGCACAGAUAAUGCAAAACAGCUGUUCAGAAUGAAAACAUCCUGCUUCUCAUGGAUGGAGUUGCUCAUCAUAUCCUGGGUAAUAGGCAUGAUAUGGGCUGAAUGUAAAGAAAUUUGGACUCAAGGCCCCAAGGAAUAUUUGUUUGAGUUGUGGAAUAUGCUUGACUUUGGUAUGUUAGCGAUCUUUGCAGCAUCAUUCAUUGCAAGAUUCAUGGCAUUUUGGCACGCUUCCAAAGCUCAGAGCAUCAUUGAUGCAAAUGAUACUUUGAAAGACUUAACGAAAGUCACAUUGGGAGACAAUGUGAAAUACUACAAUUUGGCCAGGAUAAAGUGGGACCCCUCUGAUCCUCAAAUUAUAUCUGAAGGUCUUUAUGCAAUUGCUGUAGUUUUAAGUUUCUCCAGAAUAGCUUAUAUCUUACCAGCAAAUGAAAGCUUUGGACCUCUGCAGAUAUCACUUGGAAGAACAGUAAAAGACAUCUUCAAGUUCAUGGUCAUCUUCAUCAUGGUGUUUGUGGCCUUCAUGAUUGGAAUGUUCAACCUCUACUCCUACUACAUUGGUGCAAAACAAAACGAAGCCUUUACAACAGUCGAGGAGAGUUUUAAGACACUGUUCUGGGCUAUAUUUGGACUUUCUGAAGUGAAAUCAGUAGUCAUCAACUAUAAUCACAAAUUCAUUGAAAACAUCGGUUAUGUUCUUUAUGGCGUCUAUAACGUUACAAUGGUCAUUGUUUUGCUAAACAUGUUAAUUGCAAUGAUCAACAGUUCAUUCCAGGAGAUUGAGGAUGAUGCUGAUGUGGAAUGGAAGUUUGCAAGGGCCAAACUUUGGUUUUCCUACUUUGAGGAGGGAAGAACUCUUCCUGUUCCCUUCAACCUGGUGCCGAGUCCGAAGUCCCUGUUUUAUCUUGUACUGAAGCUCAAGAAAUGGAUUUCUGAGCUGUUCCCGUGUCAUAAAAAGGGUUUCCAGGAGGAUACUGAGAUGAACAAGAAAAUCAUGAAGAGGCUCAUUAAAAGAUAUGUUCUGAAAGCCCAGAUCGAUAAGGAAAGUGAUGAAGUGAAUGAAGGGGAACUGAAGGAAAUUAAGCAGGACAUCUCAAGUCUCCGCUAUGAGCUCCUGGAAGAAAAAACUCAGAAUUCAGAAGAUCUAGCAGAACUUAUUAGAAAACUUGGGGAGAAAUUACCAUUGGAACCAAAGCAAGAGGAAAGCAAGAGAUAAUGCAAAGACUCCCCUAAAAUCCAUAUUUAUUUGUCCACUUGAGACCAUAUUAUUUUCUGAUUUAUUUUUUUAAGUGACAAUGUGACCACCUUUUAAACAAGAAAAUGUUCAAAGAUAACUUGGGUCAUGCUAUCAUCUAGGACCCUAACAUUUAAUAUUUUUCAUGGGUGAAUGUCAUCAUUCAGGCUAAAUAGUGCAGAUUACGAUGGAAAGUCUGCCAGUCGUUUGGUGCUUGUUUUACAAACUGCUUUCUGGGUGUAACUUGUGAUGGUGUGAUUGCUGCGUAGUAUCUGCCCGGGAAUCACCGCAGCUGGCGGGGCAUUUCCCCUGAUGGUGAUUUCAGGCACCUCCUUGCCUGCUCUGCGGAUCCCCUGUCAUCUAAAGAGAAAACCACCUGUGACCAUUUAGAGAAUGCUGUUUAACCACCUGUCCUGCUCAGCCCCCACAGAAGAUGAUUGAUAACGUCUGUGCAAAAUGGGGUUAAAUCUUUCCUAAACGUUUUGAUUCAUCUCUUUGAAAACAUUAUAUUUACCAUGAAAAAGUACUUCCUCCACUGAACCCUGGAAACGUGCCUCAGGUGUGUGCAUGUGUGUGUACGCGUGCGUGUCAGGUGCGUGUGUGUGUGUGUGUGUGUGUGUGUGUGUAGGAAAUGCUCACUCUAUUUUCUUUUGCAGUCAAUAUAAACCCUCAAAAGCUCUUUACAUUAUAAUUUUUUUGUUGUGACUAAACAGUUCUGGUCAUUCAGUCCAGUUAUAGCACAAUUUGGGGCCAUUUCUGAGGGCCUUUGCAGGUGAAUUCCCAGAUUUGGCAUCAAAUAUAAAGGGGAAAAAAAGUGCUGAAGGAACUUGCAAAUGCUUAUCUCUUAUGGUCGUUAUGUUCUACCCUCCUCUCAAAAUAUAUGAAACAGAAGUUUACAUUCAUGUGCAUUCACCAGGAGGUUAUGACUGACGGGUGAUGUGAGGCAGCAGCUCAAACAAGGAAAAGAGAAAUGAAGGGUCAUCCGUUCAACUUCCCAAAGGCUGUCAACAUUUAGAUCAGUGGUUCUCAACCUUCCUAAUGCUGUGACCCUUUAAUACAGUUCCUCAUGUUGUGGUGAUCCCCAAUGUCAU